GAUCAAUUAUCAGAGUUGUGAUAGGCACUUCAUCUGACUUCACCUGACAGUUGCAAGUCUGGACCUCACUGGACCUCACUGGACCACAGACCUGUCCAGCAGCAAGUCUUCAGAGGGACAACCCAUUUACAUAUGAAUUCAACUGAUAGCGGAAGUAAGUAGUGGAGGGAUGACGGAACUGCCAAGGCGUUUUCAUAUGCAGCACGUGGUCCAGCAAGUAAGUCCAGCAGCACACCCGUGAAGCAAGCCCGGUAGCACACCCGUCAAGCAGCAAGUUGAGCUGAACAAAAUGCCUGUUCGGGGAGUUGUCAUCGUCCUAUUUCUUGCCUUGAUGAACACGGCCAUCACUGGGGACAAGAAUUGGACGUUUUUGGUCUUUGCGCAACAUUGGCCACCAUCUCUUUGCAAUGAUGCAUCACAAAUGAACCACACGUGUAAAGGCCUUCCCAAACCAGUGAAAACAUGGACGGUGCACGGCCUGUGGCCAACAAACAUAGGUGAACCAAGAGUCGAAAACUGCAACGGCAGUUGGCAUUUUAAUUGGACCAAAAUCAAGCCUCUCCAAAAACAACUAGAGACAGGCUGGCCCAACCUGUUUGUGGACACGAACUUCACCUGGCUCUGGAAACAUGAAUGGACAGCCCACGGUACAUGCGCAGCAAGCCUGGAAGCCACGAACAACGAGUUUCGGUACUUUCAAAAGGUUCUGAGUCUCAACAGUGUAACUGCAUUUAAUCCCGAAAAGGCGCUUGAGAAUUUUGGAAUCACUCCAUCAUGUACAAAGGCAUACUCCGUCAAAGCCAUACAAAAGGCUCUCAUGGAGUACUUCCGGUUGGACACUCCCCUGAAGAUAAUAUGUGCAAUGCAGAGAGUAACUGGUCGCACUAUGUUGAUGGAGAUUCACAUGGCGUUGUCCAAAACGUUCAACGUGACAAAAAUGCCGAGCAAUUCCACAAGCUGCUGCACGCCCGCCGACCAAAUCUACAUCUUCCCAAUCAGCGACAUGCAUUGUUUUCAGUAGAGGCUGCUUGUUUCAAAAUAACUGAAGUGAAAGCAUUACGAGAAUACACCACUAUACACAAUGUACGGAAAGAAAAACAAUAAGGUUUAAACUAUAGAAGAAAAUAAACAAUACAAGUAAGCAUGUGUCGGAGUGUAGGUUCCAUAUGAACAGAACUGACGGUCGAAGACGUGUCUACCGACGGCGUGGGGGCGGACGGCACGUUGUUGCAUUCAGGAAACGGAACCAUAUGGUGGAGGGAGUGUGACGGUUUGGGGUGACAUUUGCGGGAACACCAAGACCGACCUCGUUAUCAUCAAUGGCAACCUGACAGCCCUGACAGACAUGCUUUACAUACACCUUCGUUAUGCAAAUUAAAUGUUCAUAUCUA